UAACUGGUUACUUUCAAGGCUGCCUGUAAAACCUUCCGUGUUCGUUCCCGUUUGAGUAAUACACUAUUUCUAUCGAGGGUUCUUAAAAUAUUUGCCUGUGUUUGAACAGGGUGAAGAUCCUAUGAGUAAUGGAGUGGUAUUGAGAGAGCCACCUAGUAUUGUAGACAGUGAGAGCGGCUAUACUGCAACCACCGGUAUAGAUCCUGAUUGUGUUGUCCUUGGCAAUUUAGGACAAGCGAGCUACAGUGUUAAAUCAACAAAAGCGAGUACUAGUAGAGAAAAUACGCUGAUACGAAACAUAAACUUUCGUUUAAACAGUCUAUCAAGUCUCUCCUCUUGGGUAACUAACAUCAACGAUUACGUAGAUCAGAAACGAGAAGAUAUGAUGAAUAACGUGGCUGCUGAACAAUACGCUGAACAAAACGGUAUGUUGGGAUCAGACGUGAUCAGUGUCUCACAAAGACAAAUCGACCAUCAUUCCAUCGAGAAGAAAGUCCUCAAACCCUACGAUAACAUCUUGAAAAUGUUGGGUAUGCGGAACUUUGGGUCUCCAGACAAUCCAUUUCACCGUGCACUUAGCUUUAUUUGGACAGUUCUCAUUUUUGUGGUUAUCAUAACGGGAUAUGCGUUGAACAUGGUUUUUUGCAAUAUCAAUCAAGACAAGAUGACUAAAGAUGAAAUUAUACCAGUUUGCAAAAAUAAAACGUUAACCUACAAUUACAUCGAAGGGAUGUGCAGAUCGUCUUUAGAAAGUAUAGUUCCCAGUGGAAUACACUUUGUAGCGUUCCUCUACACUUUCUGGAUAUUCAGAGUGAAGCAGAGCGAACAAUUAGAGGCUCUCGUUCAGAAGGCAUUAGUAAGUCAAAGAGGCAAUACCAACUCUCAAAUGAGGAGAGACGUCUUUAUUACCAGACUCAAGGUGGUCUAUGCUAGUGCGUACGUCUGUCUCUGGCUCUUGUUCGGAUUUACUGUGGUAAACUCUUAUUGUGGCAAAGCGCUCGUCUGGUGGAGAUGUUCCCCACAAUCCCUACACAAUGAAAUUGACGGGGUCGGUGAGGGAUCCCCCAUAGACCAUUACUACCGAGGAUUGUUAGUGGCGGUGCCCUCUUUUGCUAUCUUCAUCUUCCUGACACCAAUACUUCUCAAUUUUACUAUUCAGGCUAGGUUAAUUCAGUAUUUGAUAACGGAGCUUCGUGCAACACUGAGAGAAAAACGAAACACGUUAAAGGCAAUGAUGCAGGAAGCUCACGAUAUCAGUUCGUUUGUCCACAAGAUGAACAGUGAAUCCGCCCCUGCAAUGUCUUUCAUCCUCUUUUACUUGGCAUACGGCAUUUUCGUUGAUGUAUAUUCGAUACUGGAAACUGUUGGGGAGGCCAGGACAAUAGAGAAUAUUUUUACAAACGAAGGAUGUGAUGAAGGUGUCGAAUGGCAAUACAGGCAAGUGUGUCGGACUGUAAAAACGUACGGGAGGAUCUCGUUUGUGGUAGUGAUGCUGAGAGACGUGGUCCUUGGGUCAAUGUUUUUCAUGACUAUUUACCAGGGGUGUAAAAUCGCCACAUCUCACAAGCGAUUGAUAAACCAGGCCCUGGAACUCCGAGUGUUUGGUUACAACCAGAACACCUGUGAGGAACUGGAUUCCUUCCACUAUUAUCUCCGAGCGUUAAAAAUGAGGGCAAAAGUUUUUCAAUAUCCGAUGGAAACGAAGCGUCUUCUUUUGCCCCUCAUGUUUGGGAUUUUGGUAUUCCUUUGUUUUGAUCUAGAAUACCAGUUUUUGUGAAAUAAAAAAACAGCACUUAAUUAUCAUCUUUCUAGCAUUCUGAGAAAUAAAAUUGUGAUAUUUAGUAACACGAGUUAAAUUUUAAUUAACAAUUACAGUACCAGGUACAUGUCGUUUGACACAUUAAAUUUAAAAUUAAUGUCUCGUUUGAUGCACUAUUUAUGAUUGAUAACAUCCUUUAUGCUGCUGGUCUUAAACGCGGAAUUUUGUUAUUUACUAUUUACUA